UACGAUAAGGCUGUAGAGCGAUAGAGAUAGUGAAUUAGCGUAACCUUUCGCUGAGCUGUAACACCGCUAAGAAUGGAUGACAAAAAGUGAAUAAGUCAGUGCGGCAUAGAGUGCGGUGCGGGCGUCAGUCACUCAUAAUAAUAGUCACUUGUAAGUGACAUUUAACUUAAAUUAAGUGAUAGGAGAGUGUUAACACAAGAUGGCGUUCCGGUCGAGCGUAGGACUCAUUUUUUUGGGCUGUUUAGUCGUAUUAGCAUCGUCAGCGGGCCCAAAGCCUAAAGGCAGGAAGCCAGUGAACCCGCCCGCGCGCACCCCAGCGGAGCCCGAGCGAGAGGCCGAAAUCACCAACGACUGCCCCGAAGACGGGUUCUUCGCUGAUGCUGAGCAGUGCGACAAGUACUAUGAAUGCAGAAAUGGUGCCAUCAUUGAAAAGCUGUGCCCUGACGGUAUGGUGUUCAACGACUACAGCUCUCAGGAGGAGAAGUGUGACCUCCCCUUCAACCUAGACUGCUCUCAGAGGCCUAAGCUUCAAACCCCGAUCCCCGCGCUGCACUGCCCUCGCCAGAACGGCUACUUCUCCCACGAGGACCCUAAGGAGUGCGGCAAGUUCUACUACUGCGUGGACGGCAAGUUCAACAUGAUCACCUGUCCCGAUGGCCUCGUGUACAACGACAAGACUGGCAUCUGUACCUGGCCUGAUGAGGCCAAGAAGAAGGGAUGUGGAGCUGCUGAGGUAUUCGCCUUCGACUGCCCCGCCGUCAACGAGACAUUCGGUCUAACCCACCCGCGGUACGCCGACCCUGAGGACUGCCAGUUCUUCUACGUGUGCAUCAACGGCAACACGCCGCGCCGCUCCGGAUGCAAGCUGGGACAGGCCUUCGAUGACGUCACCAAGAAAUGCGAGUGGGCCAGGAAGGUCCCUGAAUGCGCUGACUGGUACAAGGGCCAGCUGACUGACGCCGACCUAGAAGCCCUAGAGAACCCCCCCACCCCCAAGCCCAAGCCCGCUGGCAGCUCGCCCUCGCGCCGUAAGCCCAACAGGCCCCAGAAGGGAAAGGCCCUUGAGGACGAAGAGUAGGAGCAUUUAAUGUAGUCUAGUUAUUAAAUGUAUGAUUAAGAA